AUGGAGUCUCAACCAACGCGGUCUAUAGCUAGCCAAAUCCUCGAGGCAUGCGAUUACUAUGGCAUCCCCGUGCAGCAGGGAGUGCAGGAGCAGCAGCAGCAGCAGCAGCAGCAGCAGCAGCAGCAAGAGGAGGAGAAGCAGCAGCAGGAGUAUAGUGCAGGGCUUCGCGUUAGUUUGUUGCUGCCCCCGUCCCCCUUGUCUUUUGCUGCAGUUGCUGCUGUUGCUGCAGUAGGGGGCGUGGCGGUGCCUCUGCCGUUUGCUGAUGCUGCUGUUGCUGCAGAUACAGCAGCAGCUGCAGCAGCAGCAGCAGGAGGCGUAGCUGCAGCAAGUGCAGCAGUAGUGAUGCCGCUGGCAGCAGCAGUCGAGGAUGCGGGGGGAGAAGUAUUUAUUACAAAGACAAAUGCAUGCAGCAGCAGCACGAUCUCCAGCAGCAAAUCCUUGCGGCUGCUGCAGCAGCAGCUGGCUCAGUCGAGGCCACAGCUGCUGCUAGUACACCCGGCGCUUGCUGCUGCUGCUGCUGCUCUGUGUGAGCAGCUGGGGAUUCAUGUUUGUAUCUGCGGGGCGAGGACUCCAGUAGCAACCGACAUAUGCAUUGCCCAGCAGCAGCAGCAGCAGCAGCAGCAGCAAGCGACAGCCGCAGCAGCAGCAGCAGCAGCAGCAGCAGCAGCAGCAGCGCGACUCUUUGUGAGACAAGCGCCUCUAUACACACGCAGGCUGGCAAUACAAACAAAGUGGGUCCCUCUAAGGACAGCGGAGGGGGGCCCCCUGGGGCCCCCUCGAGAGCAGCAGUGCAGCAGCAGCUGCAGCGCAGCAGAGAGCAGCUGCUGCAGCACGUAUUGCCAGGGCACGAGGCCGUUGUAG